GCCUCGAGCAAAUCAACCCCUUGAACAGACUCAGGUGCAUUCUCUGAGCACGCGCCUCUUAAGGCUCUCAGCCAAUUCGAGUUCCCACAGGCGCUACACAAUUGCUACGAGCCAGAGAGCAUUGUUGAGGCUAAGCAGGCAUGAACCGGCAUCACCCGUAUGGUGGAUAUGAUGCCCGGCCCGCCGGCCGUGGUGGGAGCGCAGGAAGGGGCCUAGGGCAAGUGCGUGGCCCUACAUAUAGCCAUCCAGCACAGCAACAUCAGCAGCAGCAAGCGGUGCAAUUCCCUCAAGAUGCGUACGGUGCGCCGGGUCCCUCAUCCUACCCUCCUGGCCCUGAACAGUCGUAUGCUUAUGGAGGUUCUGGUGGUGCGAAUGUCCAGGCAAGCAUGGGCAUAUCGCAUGGAGGGAUGAAUCCACAUGCCGGUAUGCCCCCAGCUGCGCCACCCUCCUACGGCUAUGGAAUCAUGGCUUCACAAAGUGCACCUUAUGGUGCACCUGGCCCAUCGCAGGCGCCGGUAAGGCCUCCGUAUAAUGCAGGUGGGGGAGGAUAUGCCGGCCCACCUCCUGCUCAUUUUGCCCCUGCUGCGCCUCCCGCUCUCCCUUACCCUGGUGCUGCCACUGGCUUCGACCACUAUGCUCAGGGCCAACGGAUAGACGGGCCUCCGAUGAACAUGCAGAUGCCGCCUGCAACUCUGUAUGAACAGUAUUCAGGGUACGGUGGUGGUGGUGUCUAUGGGUCAGAGCCUACAGGAUCCGCCGCUGUUGAGGAUGUCCGACCGCGCGAUGGGCGUAAAGGUCGUCAAGAGGCUCGGGGUAUUUCUCGCAAGGAGACGAACGACUUGAAGGAAGAGAGAAUGAAGAAGGAAAGGCCAGGGCGAACGCUGUUCCUGCGCAACAUUGACUUUGACACCGAUCCUGCCGAAGUCCAAGCUCGAUUCAGGACAUUUGGCGAGAUUACCAAGUUCUUCGAUCUUACUGGUAAGCGUGGCCUGGCAUUUUGUACCUACUAUGAUAUUCGCGCCGCCGAGGCGGCCAAAGCAGCCAUGCAAGACUUUGAGUUCAACGGUCGCAAGCUCGACAUCCACUACAGUCUACCUAAAGAGGAAGAUCAGCAGAAACGGUGUGAUCGUGACAAGAACCAGGGCACGCUUUUCGUCCUGCUUCGAAAGGGCUCGCGGGCACUCCAGGAUGCCGAUGUCUAUCAGGUCUUUUUGCCAUUCGGAGAGAUCAAGUCGAUCCGCAGGUAUAAAGACCAAUCUCACACGCGUUUUCUCGAGUUCUACGACAGCCGAGCGUGUCAAGCAGCACACGACUCCAUGAAUGGCACCAAGUACUUGGACGGAGAGUGGGACUUGAAGUUCGCUUGGGACUUGUCUGUCGCUGCCGUCAUUGGGACACAGGGCGGUCAGGGCCCAGCGCAAGGUCGCGCUCAAGAUGGCAGAGGUCGAGGAGGCGGAGGUGGGAGCAGUGCACGCGGCCCCCAGCAGCAACAACAACAGCAGAUGCCUGCCGGCUUGCAGGGCAGUCCACCGCAUUUGUACAGAGUCGCAGACGCGCGUGUACGUUACCCUGGCCCGGGCCCCUUCGCUCAGGUGCCUCCUGCGCCACCUGUGGCAGCAACAGGGACGGGCGCUUCGCCGACCGAAGCCAAUCGCUCGUUGGAUCCAAAUCGACUUGAGCAGGCGCAAAAGGUCCAGCAGCUCCUUGCGUCGUUGAAGACAAUGGGAGCAGUUCCAGCACCCUCGCAGCCACAUCAGCAAGCGACACCCACUAACAGUUGCCCGGUGGCUUCGUUGCCUCCACCUGCCCAGCUGGCAUCAGCUCCAGCUUCCGUUCCAGUAUCUGCUGCAACCGCGCAGGCGCCAUCGUCAUUACCAGCCAAUCUCGCUGCACUCUUGGGGUCACUUCAAGCGAGUGCUCAGAAUGCGCCUAGCUAAACCGCAUCUUGCGAGAGGCGCCCAUAUGUAUCAGAACAUGCAUCACAGAAAUGAA